GGACGGACCUAACUGUGCAUUAAAGUGUUUUGUAUCGCUGAUGAGAUACAACUGAGUGAGGAACGGAACGUUACUCUCACCACGUCCUUCCCUUCUGGCUAGUUUUAUGAUGGUGUAAAAUUGAAAAUGACUGUUGAAUUAAAAGUAGGCUAAAGAAAGGCUCCCGGUUAUGUGGAUAGCGAUAGCACUUCAGGUUGACAAGAGCAGGAUUGUGUAUCGAAGUGGAUAUGUACUUUUGUUACAAGUAUUUAAUACAUGUAUCUGGACUGAAUCAUCAAUGACCAAUUCGUUGAUGAUGUAGUUAGGGGUUAACUAUUGUAACGACAUUAUACUAAUAGUCAUCGAUGCGUGACUACAAUCACAGACCAUCUUAAUAUAUAUGUAUUUGUGCGUGAUGAAGUGAAGGUGUUGACAGGGGAAGUUUUGCUGUGAACACAGUAUAGAUCAUCUUGUAGCGCCGAUUAAUUUAUCCAAUCAAAGGUAGCAAUACAAAAAGUCGCGAUAGACUACAAUAUAAAAAUCAUUGGAAUUUUAUGUGAAAAGUGGUAAAUCAAUUUUACAACAUCUUGAAGGGAAAACGUUAAAUAGACUCGGAGCACUAUGUAUCCGGCUGUGUGUAUUCUAUUUAUUCUCAUGGUGUUGACAGAUGGGACUGAAGGAAGUGUCAACUGUACUUCACAUCCGUGUGAGGAUGUCCCGGAUUUUUGUUUGAAUUCUGGGACGUGUUAUCAUGACAGCGCCACCUGUCAGACCGGAUGCCAUUGUACAGCAUCAUUUUCAGGAGAAAGAUGUGAACAUGUUACAGACCCUAUCGCUUCAACAACUCUCAGACCGAUGUUAGAACGCGAGUGUAUCCAUGGGUUUGUAUGUGUACACGGCUUCUGUGACACAGACGGGUCGAGUUUUAGCUGCGCGUGUGAUUCUGGUUGGGAAGGCUUCUUCUGUGAAAUAUUCGAAUGUCCCAUAAAGUGUCCUUCUAAUACAGAAUGUGUUUUCAUCAGCGGUAAAUUUGAAUGUAAAGAGAACGAUAUAGUGACUACAAUCCAUUCAUCUUCUACCAGCUUUGUCUCGGUGACUUCCGUACCUACCAUUGCAUCUCAAACACCGACAAUAAACAUCUCGACUACGACCUUGAGACCGGAGUCAGAACGACAAUGUAUCCCUGGCUUUGUAUGUGUUCAUGGCUAUUGUGACAGAGACGGGUCAAGCUUUAGCUGUAUCUGUGACUCUGGCUGGAUCGGAUACUUUUGUGAAACUUUUAAAUGUCCAGUGAAUUGUCCAGAAAAUACGGAUUGUGUUUUGGUAAGCGGCUCAUUCGAAUGUAAAAUGAAACCCUUACCUACAACACUAAUGACCACCAGCUUCCCUACUACGUCUCUGAGACCGGUGUCAGAACGAGAAUGCCUCGCCGGAUUUGUAUGUAUCCACGGGUUCUGUGACAAAGAAGAUAACUCAUUUUAUUGUGUAUGUGACUCUGGAUGGAAAGGAAGCUUUUGCGAACAAUUUAUAUGUCCACUGAAUUGUCCGUCCAACACCAACUGUGAUAUGGUUGAUAACACGUUCAUCUGUAAAACAAAAGAGUCUACGACAAAACCAUCGACUAUGCCAUCAAGCACACUUCGAACCUCCACUGUAUCUGCUGAUAAUACAACUGCAGUGCAUGUCUGUUCGGCUAAUUACACAAAACGACCUUUGUCAGAAAGACAAUGUAUGCCUAAUUUUAUCUGUGAAUACGGUGCAUGUGAGAUGACACAAGAUGACACGGGAGCAGUUUUAGAAUGCAUCUGUGAUGACGGUGGACUAGGGGGAUUAUGCCAGGGCCGGUGUUGUAUGCCAUGUUCUGAGUAUGGUCAAUGCAAAACACGGUCUAACGGCACUGAAUUUUGCCAAUGCAUGUUCGACCGCGAAGGCGAUUUAUGUGAUAUGAUAAAGGUCCCAUCCACUCUAGCUCCCAGCAGUAUCGAAGUGGAUCUAUGGCCCCUGUGGGUCAGUGCCAUCGUACUAGUUUGUGUUAUCGCGGCGACUGUUCUUCUGUUUUUCUGGAUGUGGCGAAACAGGGUCACCAUUGUGAUGAAGAUUGUCCAUUAUUUCCAGGCAUACGAGGAUGACGACGAGAAGACGUGGGAUGCAUUUGUAUCAUACAAGUCAUCAGACGUGGACGAGAACUUUGUACUCCACAAAUUGUUUCCAAAACUUGAGAAAGAGCUUGGUUUCACUCUGUGUUUACACCAUCGGGACUUCCUACCUGGGGAAACAAUUGCCAACAACAUAAUUAAUGCCAUAGACAACAGUAGAAGAACCAUCCUCAUUCUGACCCCACGCUUCGUCACUAGUGACUUCACCAGAUUCGAAUACCAGGUAGCCCAGCAGCAGAUGCUGAAACGGACGCACAAGAUCAUUCCUAUACUUUUAGAGGACAUCUCGCAUCUACAUACCGAUAUGGACCGAAAUCUGAAACAAAUAAUCAAGUCUGUUACGUACAUUGAAUAUCCCGGGGAGGAUGCAAGUGAAAAGAAGGCGAAUCAUUUCUGGAAGAAACUGUCCCUGUCUAUGCCGAAGAAAAGAGCAGUCGAAGAAAGACGGAAACAGCCGGAUUUUGUUAAGGAGGAGAAAAAAGCAGAGAAUAUUAUUGACAAAUAUCCAAAUGACAUGAAGCGAACACCUGACAAAAACGAUAUGUUUAACCCAACGUUUGUUACAGAUAUUGUGAUUGUAGUCGAUGAUCAAAAUAAUGAGAAAAAAGAAGAUGAUCCCACUGGAAAUCCUCAAGGAACUCAUAUUCUUGAAUGUACACACUUCUAAAGAGUUUAUAUAAAAAACGAUGAACUUUUCCCAAACCUGUAAAUUGAUAAAUGAUUCAUUUAUAGAGAUUUCUUCGUUGAGGACUUGUUCGUUUUUGUAAAGAAUUGGGCAGGCUACUUCAAACGUCUAUGAUAAAUACUCUUUCUGUGGAGUUGAGAUUCAGUGAUGUUUACAUUUUGUUUAAUCAUUUACUAGUACUCCACAUUUACUCCACACAAUAAUGUUAUUGUUGAUAUUUUAACUUGUCAAUAUGUUAAUUGUUUGUUGUGUUUUAGCAGUGGUUAUAUAUACAUUUUGUACAUGUAUAUAUAUUUGCGUUAUUAUACACUAGAUGCUAUCACUUGUCCAUUCAUUCAUUCCUUCAUUCGUUCAUUCAUUCAUUCAUUUAAUCAGUCAUUUAAUCAUUCAUUUAAUCAUUCAUUUAAUCAUUCAUUUAAUCAUUCAUUCUUAGUUUAUUCUUAAUUCUUUCAUUCAUUCGUUCAUUCAUUUAAUCACUUAUUUAAUCAUUCCUAGUUCAUUCAUUCAUUCUUAGUAUAUUCAAUCACUCAUUCGUCUUAGUUUAGUCGUCCAUUCAUUCUUAGUAUAUUCAAUCACUCAUUCGUCUUAGUUUAGUCGUGCAUUCAUUCAUUCAUUCAUUCCUUAGUAUAUUCAAUCACUCAUUCGUCUUAGUUUAGUCAUUCAUUUACUCAUUCAUUCCUUCAUUCAUUCAUUCAUUCUUAGUAUAUUCAAUCACUCAUUCGUCUUAGUUUAUUCUUUCAAUCAUUCAAUCAUGCUGAUUAGUGAUAUUUCCUCUUUUUCGCAUUACGCUGUUGAAAACGCGAAAUGCGAAAAAGUAAAUUUGUAUGUGAAAUUCGUGCUUGAUCCUUUGGUGUGUAUGAAAAUAUACUAAUGUUAGUAAACAUGCUGUCUUUGACGGUUGUCUCCCAUAUGUGGUCUUCAAAAGAAACACCUCAGCUAAGCGAUUGGUCGGGAUUUUUUUUUUGUGACACCAAUCAAGUAUCUGGUUGAGUGCCUUCGAUUUUAUAAUGACAUAAUCCACAAAUUCAGAGAACGUCAUUGAACGUUCCUGGAGCAACCCCUGGAGUGUGGAGGAUGUGGUCACGUUUGACCCGUGCUUGUGGUAGUGAAAUACGUAUAUUUACCACAUAAUCGACUUGUUAUCCAGCGAAUUCGUCCGUGUAAUAUUUUUGCGUAUGCCACUAGUGUAAUUUAUAUACCCUGAAGCGUAUUUCAUUGGGUUUGCCAGUCAGAAAUCAAUUGUAACGUUAUAAAAUUGACAAUGACUGUUCGACGUCAAUGAUUGUGAAUGGCGCAGCAAUAUGGCGGUUUGUGUUUGAUUUUGACCUUAAAACCUUUUGAAAUAUACUUUUUUCUGAGGUGUGAGAAAACAAUGUCUUAAAGUUUGUUUUUUUUACUUUUAAGACCUGUUUCAUGAAAUAUUAAUAUAUAUCUUAUAUGUGUAAGGUAAAGUCCCUACAUUCCAUUAACUUACAGGUGUGUGUGUCUUUUAAUGUCUAUUUUAGAUUAAAUGAUACGUUUUUGAUAACAAAUUGCUUUACACGUGUCUUAUAAAAUAUAUGUGAGAGAUUCUUAAGAUAAGAAGUGCUAUGCUUUGAAAUCUUGAUAGUGCGGGUAUGUUAAUUUUUGUGUACAACAAAAUCUCGAUAGUGAGGACACAUUAUUUUGUGUGUACAAAAAAUCUCGAUAUUAAGGAUACAUUAGUUUGUGUGUACAGUGAAAUCUCGAUAUUAAGGAUACAUUAGUUUGUGUGUACAAUGGAAUCUCGAUAUUAAGGAUACAUUAGUUUGUGUGUACAAUGGAAUCUCGAUAUUAAGGAUACAUUAGUUUGUGUGUACAAUGGAAUCUCGAUAUUAAGGAUACAUUAGUUUGUGUGUACAAAGAAAUCUCGAUAUUAAGGAUACAUUAGUUUGUGUGUACAAUGGAAUCUCGAUAUUAAGGAUACAUUAGUUUGUGUGUACAAUGGAAUCUCAAUAUUGAGGACACAUUAGUUAGUGUGUACAAAGAAAUCUCGAUAGUAUGGAUACAUAAUUAGUUUUUGUGUAUAGUAGAAUAUCGAUGUUCUAUCGAAUCUCGAUUGUCCGAAUAUGUCGCGAGACCAUGUAAAUCUAGAAAUGUCAUUAAAAUGGAAAUAUUAACGUAUUUUGAGCCCAGAAUAGCAUGUUUAUUUUUCCAAUUAACAAUUGCUACGCAAAGAAGAAAACCGAAAGUUCCUGUUUGUCAUUGACGGUGUUUUCCUGUUGUCUUGAUACUUGUUGGUCUCUUUAUUGAGUUUUGUUUACACCUGUUUGGUAUGUAAACAAGCUACUAAAUGUAUAUUUAACCAAGGAAAUCCCUCAGUUUAACAGACAGUUGCGAUGUACAAUAUCAUUUUAUAUAUUUUAUAAGAUACAAUAUCGGUAUUCUUAUGAUUACGUAUGUGAAGAGUUCCAAAUCAAACACAGUAUUUCUCUCGUGUAUGUCGCAUAACCAUCUAAGUGCUUAGAUUAAUCUUCGUCACGUGAGCCUAAUGACGUCAUUUUAACCUUCUGAUGAUGGACGAAAUAUAUGACAAAGACUUGCGAUGAUGAUACGAUUUCCGGAGUACUAUCAUCGAUGUCGUUCAAUUGUGUUAUCAAUGAAUUACAAGCAGUAUCUACAAGUUCAUUAUUUAUAUAAGUGUCUUGACACUUGUUUCUGAUUCCUUUUUGCAUAAGUUAUAUGUUGUAUAUAUAUUGUUAAAUAAUUAAUUUUUCUUUGUUUUCAUGGUAAAUACUCAAAUGUGAUUGGUCGAAAAAUUCUUUUCAUUCUUCUAUGAAA